AUGUUUCAAGCUAGAAUCAUUGAGAUUGGACCUACUGGAUACUUUUGUUUGAAUCCUAUUUCAUUCCUCCGAAAAUCCUAUCUGAAACUUCACCAUCGUAUCCACUCAGGUGAACGUCCAUUUCAGUGUGGAGUGUGUGGCCGGAGCUUCACCCGAGAUGAUCAUCUCCUACGUCACCAACGCUCGCAUCAAGGCUAUAAGCCAUACACCUGCGAUGUAUGUGGUAAAGCGCUCUCCCGACGUGACCACCUUGCUGUACAUCGUCGUAUUCACACAGGGGAGAGACCAUUCAGGUGUGACUUAUGCAACUGUGAAUUUGCUCGUAGUGAUCACCUUUUAAAACACAAGAGGCUUAAUCUCUGUGAGCAGAAACUGGACUGUGUUACCAUGGAAACUGCAUCUUUGCCCCCAGCUGAUGUCCUAGAAGAACAGAAUUAUCAUUCACAAGAUAACGUCCAUACAAACCCGAGCGGCACUAACAGCACUUCAAACACGUUGACAUCUAUUUCUGGCCUGUCUUCCAGCGAUAAUUCUGUCACAGACAUUGACUGUCAUGAAUGUAAAAACCAAUCGAGUGGCAGUCAUCAUAUCCAUCAACAACCACAGGCUGGUACUCCCACAACUGUAGCAAUUACACCUGUAGUUGCUGCAACACCAACAGCCGUUACUGUUGUACCCAAUGAGCUUGCAGCUCUUAUUCCAAAUGCUGCCAAAUUUUAUCCUAUUGUUACUGGUACGGCAAACAGCGAUACCGGUGCCCCAACACAGAUUUACCAAACCAGUACUGGGGUGACCGGUACUCUUAAUCCCAUCACUCACAUUUUUCCAACCAUCCAGAUUUCUCCUGCUACAACACAGAUUUUCCCAACAAUUCAGAUGUACUCAGCUGCCCAAGUGAACUUGCAACCUAGUAGCAACCUUACCAGCAAGGAUAGUAAUUUUCAUACUCAGGUUGCUGAGACUAAAUGA